ACACAAUUUAAUUGAGUGUUAGCUGCUAAUGGGACCUAUAUGCCAUACGAAUGGGGGUAUAAAAGGCGAACUCUGUAUGGCUGGAUUUCAUUUCAUUGCCCAACAGUUUAGGGAGCACACGUUGGUGGCGAAAAAGUUACUAUAUUACGAUCGCAAAAUUAUUAAUCAGCAAAUUAAUAUAUUAUAUACAUCAUGGGCUGCAGUAACUCCAAGCCUCUCAAUCGGGUGGAGUUCAUAAAAUUAAUGAGAAGAAAGAACAUCACGGAGAUACUGAGGAAGGAGUAUCAACGAAUAAGACGAGAAGAAAGUAACUUUUAUGGCGGUUUCGAUGCAUGCAGAAGAAAAGAAAAUAAAUCAAAAAAUAGAGAAGAAAACAUGCUGUGCUACGAGCACACCAGAGUGAUUCUACCCAUCGAAGAUAACUCAGGAGAUUACAUCAACGCAAAUUAUGUCGACGGUUGGAAGCAGAAGAGGAAAUUCGUCUGCACCCAGGACCCUAUGAAAAAUACUGCUGCUGACUUCUGGAGGCUGAUAAUGAUGCACAGGACACGGAUCAUCGUUACGUUGUGUGAAACCAGUGAAAGUGAUGAUAAAAUAUGCUACAGAUAUUGGAACAGUGAUAAUGGAGGUGUAAAAAUAAUUGGUAAAUUCAAAAUUGAAACGGUUGACAUUAUGAGUGCUCCACAUUAUACGGUGACGAUUCUGAGUGUUAGUGAUGGUACGACCUCUGGUGAUGGUACUGAGUUAUUUCAUGAAGUUAUUCACUUUACUUGUCAAAAGUGGUCAAACUUGGCCACUCUUCAAGGCACUAUUGAGUUCAUUGACUUCAUUUUAGCAAUAAGAAGAAUGCACAAAGCGUUUAAAAAAGACUUGUUAGAAAAUAACUGUCCUAGUUAUAAGCCUCCUAUAGUUGUGCAUUGCAGGUCUGGUCUUAGCAGAGCUGCAGUAUUUUGUGCUAUGGAUAUUUCCAUAUCAGAGUAUCAUGCUAACGGCACAAUUUCGUUGCCACAAACUGUAAUUAAUAUUCGUAAACAGAGAUUUAAUAGUUUUUUUUCUGUAAAUGAUUAUUUGUUUUAUAAUGUCUUAAUGUUUAGUUACGUUACACUAGUUUUAGCAAAAAAAUAUCAUAAGUAGGAAUCGCUGUAAACGUUUUCUAUAUUGUUCCUAAUCACUGCUACUCUGUUUAGAACUGCACUAAAUUUGUGAAAUAAAGAUUUUAUAUGUUUUUGAAUUUAGUGUUUUCAUUCAAUCUCCUUUUUUACCCUUCACUACUCCCAUGUUUUUUAUAGUCUCGCUUGCACUGCAGCGAUAUCCUAAAAUUUGAAUAGUGUCCUGUGAGCAGAAUGCUCAUAACGGAAGUGCUGACGGGUUAAGAUGUUUCUAACCAACAUAAUUAUUAAUGAACACUAUAAGUAUUAGAGAUGCAACUUCAUACUCAAACUGGAUGACUGAUUGCUUAAGAUGAAUCACAUCUUUGUAGACCUAAACAGGUAUAAGGAUGUGCAUGUAUGCUCACAUGACAAUAACACAUGUAUGCAAAAGCUCAACUUGAGAUCAGUAGAAGACCAAGUAUGUGGCGAUCGAUUUAUCGAUCGACGACUAAGAAUGGAAAAGGCAUGACCUACCUUUCGACGACGAUUCUUCGGAGCCGAUCGAUAUUCGUCUUUCGUUUGUUGGUUUCUGUUAGGACCUCUGUGAUAACGAACACAUGACACAACUAUACCCGGUUUCCCCUCACUGCGUCUAGACACCUUGACACCACUAUACCGUCAGGUUGUUUGAACACUAUUAUGCCUAGAAGUUAUGUAAACACUAUGCAUGUUCUCACCUCAUAACGAUGCCUGAACUAGUGUUUAUUGUCUGGACAGUCAGAUAUUAUUACGCAGUAGGGGCAUAUUCCACGAUGCCUAAUGUUUACAUCAUUAUAUUCUAGAAUCUAUUUCGAGAAUUGUUUAUUGUUUUAAAAAUCAUGGACGUAAAUAGUAAUCUAUUGGUUAAAGGUCACCGCCGUUCCUGAUUAAAAACUCCAAUUUAAAGUAAAUCGGACCAAUCGCAGUGCUUAUGAGGCACCUUUAUGCUCCAAUCAGAAUCAACUGGAGUUUUGAACCGUACAGAGAUUGUUUAACCUCACGUAUUUUAAUAAACAUUACUCAGUUUUAAUGCAAUUAAAUUUCCUAUUUAAUAUCCAUAAUUAGCUGGUGAGAUUCCGAAGCCUUAUAAAUAAUGGGUAGACAAGUUGCCUAUCCAAUUUACUCUUUACUUUAGUGAUAUGAGUAAUCACUUAUGAUUAAUUAUAAAGGAAUAAUUUGUUCAGAAUUUUAAUUAAAAAUUAAAAAAGCUUUAGAAUCAACAUUUAAUUUAUUUAUCAUACUUACAAUAGCGACUGUUCAUUUAUGAUAUUAUUACGAUCAUUACUAGCGGUUUCGUAUCAUGAAUUUUAUUCAUUGAUUAAAUAGCACGAAUUGAUGAUUGCGUAUUAGUCACAAUACUGAUUAAUAGUUAACUUAUAUAUGUUAAGACAAUGUAUGAAUAAAUUAUAUCGCUAC